UGGUCAGUGCCACAGAGACACCAGAUUUCUGCCUUAUUUAACGUCUCUCUCUCUCCCUCGAUCUCUCUUCGAAUUUUCUCUCUCCUUCCCUCUUCAUCAUACACACCUCUCCUACCCUCUGUUCCAGACAUCUCUCUGUGAAUUCCAAUCUCUGAAAUCUCAAAAGGCUCAAAAAGCUAAGAGAGAGAAACCCACACACCAAUCAUUCACUUUCUUUUAAGCUCUCUCUCUCUCUCUCUCUCUCUCUCUCUCUCUCUCUCUCUCUCUCUCUAUAUUGCCAGCUCUGCAGCUUCUUCAUCCCCACGCCCAUCACCAGGAGACGCCCUCUUCAUUUUCUCUCUCUCUAACCUCACCCCGUCAUCAGGGGAGAGAGACACGCAUACAGAGAAAGAUCGCAGCUGCUGCUUGUGAAAAAAGUUUACACAUUUUUCUACUGGGUUGCUGUUAAAAGAAACAACAAAUAAAGGAGGUCUGACACAAUGUCUAGCUCUUCAAAAGUUUUGGAACCUGCAUUUCAAGGAGUGGGCCAGAGAAUAGGGACUGAAAUUUGGCGAAUUGAGAACUUUCAGCCGGUUCCGGUGCCAAAGUCUGACCAUGGUAAAUUCUACAUGGGGGAUUCCUAUAUUAUCCUACAGACAAGCGCUGGCAAGGGUGGAGCUUAUCUGUACGACAUACACUUUUGGAUUGGAAAAGAUACGAGUCAGGAUGAGGCCGGAACUGCAGCUAUCAAAACUGUCGAACUUGAUGCUGUUCUUGGCGGACGUGCAGUGCAACACAGGGAACUCCAAGGCCAUGAAUCUGACAAAUUCUUGUCAUAUUUCAAACCAUGUAUCAUACCAUUGGAAGGGGGAGUAGCAUCUGGGUUUAAGAAACCCGAGGAAGAAGAGUUCGAAACAAGGUUAUAUGUUUGUAGAGGAAAACGUGUUGUUAAAUUAAAGCAGGUCCCUUUUGCUAGGUCAUCAUUGAAUCACGAUGAUGUGUUUAUCUUGGACACAAAGGACAAAAUUUAUCAGUUUAAUGGCGCAAACUCCAAUAUUCAAGAAAGGGCCAAAGCUUUGGAAGUAAUUCAGUUUUUCAAAGACAAGUAUCAUGAUGGGAAGUGUGACGUUGCAAUUGUUGAUGAUGGAAAGCUAGUAGCCGAGUCAGAUUCAGGUGAAUUCUGGGUUCUCUUUGGUGGUUUUGCUCCAAUUGGCAAGAAGGUUGCCAGCGAAGAUGAUAUUAUUCCAGAGAAAACUCCUGCUACCCUUUAUAGCAUAACUGAUGGUGAGGCAAAGAUUGUAGAAGGUGAACUCUCCAAAGCCUUGUUGGAAAAUAACCGAUGCUAUCUACUUGACUGUGGUGCUGAGCUUUUUGUUUGGGUUGGCCGGGUGACACAAGUGGAUGAUAGAAAAGCUGCCAGCCAAGCUGCUGAGGAAUUUCUUUCUAGCCAAAAUAGGCCGAAAUCAACCCGUAUAACCCGGGUUAUUCAAGGCUAUGAGACACAUGCAUUCAAGUCCAACUUUGAUUCUUGGCCAUCAGGGACUGGAACUUCUGGUGCCGAGGAGGGUAGAGGAAAAGUAGCAGCAUUGCUGAAGCAACAAGGUGUUGGACUCAAGAGCAUUGCAAAAGGUGCUCCUGUAAAUGAAGAAGUUCCGCCACUUCUUGAAAGUGGAGGGAAAAUUGAGGUAUGGUGCAUCAAUGGCAGUGCGAAGACUCCCGUGCCCAAAGAAGAUGUUGGUAAAUUUUUUAGUGGAGAUUGCUACAUAGUUCUUUACACCUACCACUCAGGUGAUAAGAAAGAAGAAUAUUUUUUGUGCUGCUGGAUUGGAAAGGAUAGCAUUGAGGAAGAUCAAAAGAUGGCUGCUCGUUUGGCUAAUACAAUGUUCAACUCACUAAAAGGAAGACCUGUACAGGGUCGCAUAUUUCAAGGAAAAGAACCACCACAAUUCAUUGCAAUCUUUCAGCCUAUGAUUCUCCUUAAGGGUGGACUAAGCUCUGGCUACAAGAAACUUUUAUCAGACAAAGGUUUGAAUGAUGAAUCUUACAGUGCCGAUGGUGUCGCUCUCAUUCAGAUAUCAGGAACGUCUGUGCAUAAUAAUAAAGCAGUGCAAGUGGAUGCGGUAGCGAGUUCACUGAACUCUAACGAUUGUUUUCUCUUACAAUCUGGCUCUUCAAUCUUCACUUGGCAUGGAAAUCAAUGUACCUUUGAGCAACAGCAGCUAGCUGCAAAAGUUGCAGAAUUUUUGAAGCCAGGAGUUGCUUUGAAACAUGCUAAAGAAGGAACUGAGAGCUCUGCGUUCUGGUUUGCUCUUGGGGGGAAACAAAACUACACCAGCAAAAAAGCAGCUCAGGAGAUUAUCAGAGAUCCACACUUGUUCACCUUCUCAUUCAAUAAAGGAAAAUUUGAGGUUGAGGAAGUUUAUAACUUCUCUCAGGAUGAUCUGUUGACAGAGGAUAUCUUGAUACUUGACACACAUGCUGAAGUGUUUGUUUGGGUUGGUCAGUCUGUAGACUCCAAAGAUAAGCAGGCAGCUUUUGAAAUUGGUCAGAAAUACAUAAACAUGGCAGUAUCUCUGGAAGGGUUGCUACCAAAUGUUCCGUUAUACAAGAUCACUGAAGCAAAUGAACCGUGCUUCUUCACGACAUACUUUUCAUGGGAUUCCGCAAAAGCUACUGUUCAAGGAAACUCUUUUCAAAAGAAGAUCUUGCUACUCUUUGGGGCAGGCCAUGCCAUGGAGAGUCAGGACAGGUCUAAUGGCUCAAAUCAAGGAGGACCAACCCAAAGAGCAUCAGCUUUAGCUGCCUUGUCCAAUGCAUUUAACCCAUCUUCUGGAAACAGAACUCCUACUCGAAGGUCAUCUGGUGCAAGUCAAGGAUCACAGAGAGCAGCUGCUGUAGCUGCUCUUUCAUCAGUCCUUACAGCUGAAAAAAAGAAGCACUCACCAGAUGCCUCUCCAGUCCCAUCGAGUAGCCCUCCCCCGGAAGCUCACCCUCCUGCUAGAACAAAAAGUGGAAUUGUUCUUCCUGAGGCUGAGGAUUCUCAAGAAGUUGCUGAUGUCAAGGAGGUGGAGAGAGGACUCAUAUCAGAAAGUAAUGGGGAAGAUACAGGACCUAAACAAGAGGUGGAGCAGGAUGAGAAUGGUACUGAGAGUAAUCAAGGUACAUUUGCCUAUGAUCAGCUGAAGGCUAAGUCAGACAACCCUGUUUCUGGAAUAGAUUUUAAACGGAGAGAGGCCUAUUUGUCGGAUGAGGAGUUUCAGAGUGUAUUGGGGAUGACUAAAGAAGCAUUCUACCGAUUGCCCAAGUGGAAGCAAGACAUGCAUAAGAAGAAAGCUGAUCUCUUCUAGAGACCAAAUUCACCAAGACAGGGAUUUCCUUGUUCUGCUGCUUUUGUCCUAACUUGCAAUUCAUUGUUUUUGUUUGUUUAUUUUAUGUUGCAAGAAAAAAAAUGCAGUUUUAGAUUCAUGGGGGGCACCAGGCCUCAAGUGGCUAGAUCGUCGGGGCAUUGUACCUAGUGGGGGGCCCGUGUGAGGCCCUGGAGCUGGGGCGAUGGGGGGGAGGGAUUUUGUGAUGCCUUGCCUGAAGAAGUAUUCUUUUUUUUUUUUUUCACCUCUGUAGAGCUGCGGAGGGCUGCUGGCUGCUGCUGCUGGUUGUUAUGGUCACAGAUUGUAGUUCUAAAGACAGUGGGCAGGUCAAAUUCUUUUAUUCUGUUGGUAUGUAUUGUAAUUUCUGUUUCUUUUAGACUCUUUUUAUCAUUUCUUUUUUGGGUCAAAAGGGGUGUAUAUGUAUUUGCCAUUUGUACUCAAUUUGAAUAUAAAGAAUGCAGACUUCUAGUUGUUUGCCUUCCAA